AUGAGCACAAACAACAAACGGCGUGGAGCUAGCAGUUCCAGUUGUUCUGUCCCUGGGGUGCCUGCAUUGGUGAACGCGCCAACCGCCAUGUCUGCCGACCUUGCGUCGCUAUUUGAGUGUCCCGUGUGUUUCGAUUAUGUGUUGCCGCCGAUCCUGCAGUGCCAGAGCGGGCACCUGGUGUGCUCCAGUUGCCGUCCCAAGUUGUCCUGCUGCCCGACUUGCCGCGGCCCCCUCGGCAACAUACGCAACCUUGCUAUGGAGAAAGUGGCCAGCAAUGUUAUGUUCCCCUGUAAACACUCCAACACCGGCUGCACUGUCACCCUGGUGCACACAGAGAAGGCAGAGCAUGAAGAAGCCUGCGAGUUCAGGCCAUACUCAUGUCCCUGUCCUGGUGCAUCAUGCAAGUGGCAAGGAGGCCUUGACCAAGUUAUGCCACACCUUAUGAUGUCACACAAAAGUAUUACUACACUCCAAGGAGAAGACAUUGUAUUCCUGGCCACUGACAUCAACCUCCCUGGAGCAGUAGACUGGGUAAUGAUGCAGUCAUGUUUCAAUCAUCAUUUUAUGUUAGUCCUUGAAAAACAAGAGAAGUUUGAUGGACAUCAACAAUUCUUUGCCAUUGUGCAACUCAUAGGAUCUCGGAAGGAAGCAGAAAACUUUGCGUAUAGAUUAGAGCUCAAUGGGCAUCGUAGACGACUCACUUGGGAAGCCAUGCCACGCUCCAUCCAUGAAGGAGUGUCAUCUGCUAUUAUGAAUUCGGAUUGUCUAGUAUUUGACACAUCUCUUGCACAAUUGUUUGCGGAUAAUGGAAACCUCGGAAUAAAUGUCACAAUAUCCAUUGCCUAA